CUCAAUACGCCUUGAAUUCUCUCUCUCUAUUUAUUGGACUAAACCAUGGUUGACGACGACACGCGGAAGGCAUGGAGGGACCGGUACCGGAACGGCAAUUUCCUGGCCCCAAUGGUGCGCCUUGGAACACUACCCAUGCGGCUGCUCUGUCUAGAGUACGGUGCCGACCUAGUGUGGUCGCCUGAGAUCGUGGAUCAGAGCGUUGCUGAUACAGAGCGGGUGGUUGACGAGCAAACAGGCGUAGUCAGGUACAUCAAGAACAACCGUGAUAUGUUCACAACGCACCCGAACGAGAAGGACAAGUUGAUUUUCCAGCUGGGCUCUGCUGCGCCAGAGUCGGCGCUGGCGGCAGCGAAGAAGGUCAUGCAGGACGUGUCCGGAUUCGAUCUGAACUGCGGGUGUCCCAAGCAAUUCUCGCUCCAGGGCGGCAUGGGUGCAGCGCUGAUGACCGACCCGGACCGGCUGUGCUCGAUCCUAGACAUCCUCGUCAAGAACAUUGACCUGCCCAUCACGUGCAAGAUCCGUGUGUUUGACGACGAGGAAAAGACGCUGGCGCUGGUGAAGCGAGUCGUGGCUACAGGAAUUUCAGCGUUGACGGUGCAUUGUCGUACCAAGGACAUGCGGCCGCGCGAGCCAGCAAUGUGGAAGCGGCUGGAUGCGAUUGUAAAGGCUGUUCCCGACAUCCCGGUGAUCUUGAACGGUGAUGUUUUUAAUUACGAGGACUUUGACCGCGCACGCAGAGAGACAGGUGCGGCCAGCGCAAUGUCAGCACGGGGCGUGGUGGAGAAUGCAUCGGUUUUCCGCAGUGCAGGCAAGUUGCCGGCGAUCGAGGUCGCGCACGCAUACAUCGAAAACUGCGUGCGGAUGGCCAACAACUACACAAACACCAAGUACUCAAUCAUGCAGAUGUACACCGACACCAAGUCACAGGUGUUUGUGGACAUGCGCAGCGCAAAAUGCUACCGCGACCUGUGUGCGGCACUUGGGCUCAGCGAGCUGUAUGAGAAUGUUGGCACAAAGGUGCUGACAGAGCGGCUCGAUCUGAACAUGAACAAAAACGUGAGGGGCAAGCCGGCGACUCCCAGUGGCAAGAACAAGCGUGCUGCCCAGGAGGCCCGGGGAAAGGCACCGGGAGCAGACAAUGUCCAGGUGGACCAGAUCCAGGCCAAGCGCAUCAAAACAUGAGCAGCCUAGCGUGGACGCAAUAUCCUGCAGGCGCAAUUUCUUUCAACGCGUGGUCUGACCUCACCCGCCUUUUCCCUGCUGGCUCCAUUCUUGCUUUUCCUUUCCUCCGAAGCACACCGUCUAACCUCCCCUAUACUUUUAGAGACUGUUUGAAAUUUCACACAUUUUUCUCACUUGCUCUCGCUA